GCAAGGGGAGCACACGUGGUGACCUGCCUGGGGCCGGAUUCCCGGCUCCAGCUCCUCCUCCCUCCAGCUCGCACUCGGCUUGCUGCAGUAUCACGUGCAGCCGCGCCGGGUGCAGGAUGGCGGCGGCGGCCGCGGCGGCAGCAGCGCUGGGUGUCAGGCUCCGGGACUGCUGCAGCCGGGGCGCCGUGCUCCUGCUCUUCUUCUCUCUGUCACCUCGGCCCCCGGCCGCUGCUGCCUGGCUUCUGGGUCUGCGGCCCGAAGACACUGCUGGAGGCCGUGUGUCCCUGGAGGGGGGCACUCUGCGUGCGGCCGAAGGCACCAGCUUCCUCCUGCGGGUCUACUUCCAGCCUGGGCCGGCGGUCUCCGCCGCGCCUGUGCCAGCACCUUCCCUGGCCCCGGGGGAGAACGGCACGGGCGACUGGGCCCCACGACUCGUGUUCAUCGAGGAGCCCCCCGGUGCGAGCGGCGUGGCGCCCAGCGCGGUCCCCACGCGUCCCCCGGGAUCGCAGCGCUGCCGCGAGCAGAGCGACUGGGCGUCGGACGUGGAGGUCCUGGGGCCCCUGCGCCCCGGGGGCGUGGCGGGCUCGGCCCUGGUCCAGGUGCGGGUGCGGGAGCUGCGUAAGGGCGAGGCGGAGCGCGGCGGCGCGGGCGGCGGCGGGAAGCUCUUUUCGCUGUGCGCCUGGGACGGGCGCGCUUGGCACCACCACGGCGCGGCCGGCGGCUUCCUGCUGCGCGUCCGCCCGCGCCUCUACGGCCCGGGUGGGGACCUGCUGCCGCCCGCGUGGCUGCGAGCGCUCGGGGCGCUCCUGCUGCUGGCCCUGUCCGCCCUGUUCAGCGGCCUGCGCCUGAGCCUGCUCUCGCUGGACCCGGUGGAGUUACGGGUGCUGCGGAACAGUGGCUCGGCCGCCGAGCAGGAGCAGGCGCGCCGCGUGCAGGCCGUGCGCGGCAGGGGGACCCAUCUGCUCUGCACCCUGCUCCUGGGCCAAGCCGGUGCCAAUGCCGCGCUGGCCGGCUGGCUGUACGCCUCGCUGCCGCCGGGCGUCGGGGGUUCGGGGGAGGACUACGGCGAGGCGGGGGUUCAUUUCCCGUGGCUGCCCGCGCUCGUGUGCACCGGCGCCGUGUUCCUGGGAGCUGAGAUCUGUCCCUACUCGGUGUGUUCGCGGCACGGGUUGGCCAUCGCCUCGCACAGUGUGUGUCUGACCCGGCUCCUCAUGGCUGCCGCCUUCCCGGUGUGCUACCCGCUGGGCCGCCUCCUGGACUGGGCGCUGCGCCAGGAGAUCAGCACCUUCUACACGAGGGAGAAACUGCUGGAGACGCUGCGGGCCGCGGACCCUUACAGCGACCUGGUGAAGGAAGAACUCAACAUCAUCCAGGGUGCCCUGGAGCUGCGCACCAAGGUGGUAGAGGAGGUGCUGACCCCCCUUGGGGACUGCUUCAUGCUGCGCUCCGAUGCUGUGCUUGACUUCGCCACUGUAUCCGAGAUCCUCCGCAGUGGCUACACUCGCAUCCCAGUGUAUGAGGGCGACCAGAGGCACAACAUUGUGGACAUUCUGUUCGUCAAAGACUUGGCCUUUGUGGACCCGGACGACUGUACCCCGCUGCUCACAGUCACCCGCUUCUACAACCGGCCCCUGCAUUGCGUCUUCAAUGAUACCCGGCUGGACACGGUGCUGGAGGAGUUUAAGAAGGGAAAAUCUCACCUGGCCAUUGUCCAGAGAGUGAACAAUGAAGGUGAAGGGGACCCUUUCUAUGAGGUGAUGGGCAUUGUCACACUGGAGGACAUCAUAGAAGAGAUCAUCAAGUCGGAGAUCCUAGAUGAAACUGACCUCUACACUGACAACCGGAAAAAGCAGAGGGUCCCGCACCGGGAGAGGAGGCGCCAUGACUUCUCUCUGUUCAAGCUUUCAGACUCGGAGAUCAGAGUGAAGAUCUCGCCACAGCUGCUGCUCGCCACACACCGCUUCAUGGCCACAGAAGUGGAACCCUUCAAGUCUCUAUACCUUUCGGAGAAGAUCCUGCUCCGGCUACUGAAACACCCCAACGUGAUCCAGGAGCUGAAGUUUGAUGAGAGAAACAAGAAAGCCCCCGAACAUUACCUCUACCAGCGCAGCCGCCCCGUGGACUAUUUUGUGCUGCUUUUACAGGGUAAAGUGGAAGUGGAGGUUGGUAAGGAAGGCCUUCGCUUUGAGAACGGAGCCUUUACCUACUACGGUGUUCCAGCCAUCAUGACCACAGCUUGCUCAGAUAAUGACGUGAGGAAGGUUGGAAGUCUGGCUGGAUCCUCUGUCUUUCUGCCCGUCUCUGUGUCUCGUACCUUCACCUUCAGCAGAGGGGACUCUCUGGCGGGCUCCCCAGUAAACCGGUCCCCUUCUCGAUGCAGCGGCUUGAAUCGCUCCGAGUCUCCAAACCGAGAGCGCAGUGACUUUGGUGGGAGCAACACGCAGCUGUACAGCAGCAGCAACAACCUCUACACACCCGACUACUCGGUGCACAUCCUCAGUGAUGUGCAGUUUGUGAAGAUCACACGACAGCAGUACCAGAAUGCGCUCACGGCCUGCCACAUGGACAGCUCGCCCCAGUCCCCAGACAUGGAAGCCUUCACUGAUGGGGACUCCACCAAGGCCCCCACGACCCGGGGCACACCCCAGACUCCAAAGGAUGACCCAGUCCUCACACUCCUGAGCAACAGGACCAGCUUGCCGUGCAGCCGCUCAGAUGGUCUGAGAAGCCCCGGCGAGGUCGUAUACCUGAGGAUGGAGGAGAUGGCCUUCCCCCAGGAAGAAAUGACCAGCUUUGAGGAGCACAAGACACACCAGCUCUCCCUGUCCCCUGCAGCUGUUCCCACAACAGCAGCUUCCGAGGCUGAAUGUUGUAACAUCCACCUGGAGCCAGAGGCCAGCCCCUGCAGCAGCGACUCUGAGGAAACCAUGGGCAAGAAGCUGCUGAGAACCUUGAGUGGUGGGAAAAGGAAGAGGUCAGCAGAUGGAGAGAGAGCCUCCGAGGAAAACUCCAAUUUAACACCUCUGAUCACAUGAUGAGGGGAAGACCUCAUUGGCUGGGUGUGAGAUUCCAAGGCUUUGGGGGAAGAGCCGCCCUCCCAUCACUUGCUUCCCCCAAGGCCUCCCACCGGUGACAGAACACUCUGCCCUCCACCUUACACCCCUCACAGUCAGUUUGGCGAGUUUCCCAGUUGUCUCCAGUGUGACACAGAAGGAGAUGCCUGUAAUGGAAGAUGCUAGACGUGGUCUCGUCCGUAGCAUAGUCCAGGACUGGCAGGGAGAUGACUCCAAGCUAACAAAGCCACUCUGAGGCUCCCAGUGAUAGUCUUUGUUCUUUGGUGUCCCUGAGCCACAGGAGACCCAUGUCCUGGAACCCACCAUGCUUUCUUCCAGAACAAAAUAACCCUUUCUACCAUAGUUCAUGCUUAGCAGUAACUCAGGAGGUGAUGCAGACAGAGAGAGGUGUAUUAGAGUCUAGAGGAGCAGGUACGAAGAUCAGUUCCAGGGAUGGACAAGGAUUCUUCUACCAGAGCUUCAGAGUGUGGGACUCCCUGUCAGUGCCUGGAUUCUCUCUGAAGCCUGGGGAAGGGCAAGAGAGGAAGCCUUGGGUCACUGUAUCUCCCCAGGACGUGUGAGUUUGGGCUUCCAGUGAUUAAUCUCUCAAUAAGCCUGCUUCACAAGGGGAGGAUCAGGGAGCACAGAGACCAAGUUGUGAGCCAGACGUGGAACUUCAGGGUUUAAGUGAAAAUCAAAGCAGGAAAAAAAGACGUACAUGAAAAAAAUGGUUCAGUUACAGUGAGUUUAGCCAUGAUAAACCAAAGAGUGCCCAGUUCAGACAGGAAGGAUCCGUGCUGUCACGGGACUUCAGUGUGCUUGACACAGGAAUGUUGAAUGCUCACUUUUCUUUUUCACAUACCCCCACUGUCAGCCACUUACUAUAUCCCUUGCUGGUCAGCUAAGUAUUCCAAAAAUUUACUAGAUCCAGGGGGUUUGAGUCCUGGAUGUUAAGGCAGGUGCAAUUCCAAUUACAACCACAAGAUGGCAGAGUGAGCAUGCAUAUCUACUCCUAAGACUAUUGUAGGUAUUGGGAAAUGCAGCCAGCCUAAGGGAAAACGUAAGUCAAGUUUGAGUUUGAAUUUGAGUUUCUGAUUUAUUUCCCAGCCCUUGCACACCUCCAGUCAGUACCCAGAGAUGCAGUUCUGCCUGCUGCAUCUCCAAGCCAUUCCCAAGCCACCUUUCCCCCUCCCCCCACUCAGUCACAGGCAGAUGGACAGCUGAUAAUUCCUCUACGUUAUCUGUGUCUCAAAGGAAAAUGAUUGCCCACAGGAACUUUACUUAACUCAGGGGUUGUUAACCUGGGGCUGUUACUCCAGGGGAGUCCGUAGUUUGACUUCAGAGGGCCUAUGAAGCCCUUAAAACUGUCGGAACUUAGCAUAUUUGUGUGUUUUCCAGAGACUUGAAGCUUUCUUAAUAUUCUCAAAGUUCCCAGACCCACAAAGGCUUUUAAUAGUUUUAAAUAGUGGAACUUUCAGCCCAGUGUUUCUGCAAUGCAGAGUGAAUAUUGGACACUUUGAGAAUGGUGUUUAAUUGUAAGUGGUCAAGCAUUCUUGUGAAUGGGGGAAGGUUGGCACCAAGACAGGGUCCUCAGAAAUCCUUGGCACACCACACAGUAUGGUACAACCUACAUCCCAUGUAACUUUUGCCCAUUGUCUACCAAACCACAGUCGGUAUUGCCGAGAGGGCCCCGGCCGACGGGAGGGAAGACUGGAGCCAGGAUGCCUCUUCUGUGUGUGUGUGUGUCCCUGACUUCACAAGCCCCUUGCUCAGCCUGGCUGGCCUGAGGCUCAGCCAUGCAUGUGUUCUAGCUAAUUCCAUAGCCACCACUCCCUGCCUGCUCCUGCCUGGUCAGGAUAGAUAGUGCCAGCACUCGGUGCUGGGGGUCUCGGACCUAGGCCAGUAAGUGAUGAGUUUUGAAUGAGAAUUCGCAAGGGAGCCUGCUGGACAAACAACGCUCCCUCUCAUUAUCCCUUAGGCCACCAGCCCAGGCCACUGCUGUUGUAUUAUUCCCUCCCCCCUGCAGAACAUCUAAGGAGCCUGUCACCACUCCUUUCCUUAUCUCCCAGACCCCCACAUUUUCUUCAGGUUAAAAUAAAUUUUAAAAAAAGAUUUUAAAAUAAAGCAUUUAUGAAGGCUCAAUAAAUUGUAAAUAAUUUUUGAAUAAAAUGAAAAUGUGUUUCCUGGA